UACUGCAAAACGAAGCAGAGUGAAGGUGCGACUGCGGAUAAAAGCGUCCUCGAGAUGGAUCGGGAGCGGGAGUUGAUCCUCCUCAUGAUGUACAUGCUGAUGAAGCGUCGGAGAGAUGUCAGCCGCCUGAACGACGAGAGGCGCAGAGAAGCCCAGAGACGGGUCCGACACAGACAGUACUUCUUCCAGAGACAGAGGAGGAUGCAGAUGAUGAUGGUGGUCAGUAAUUUGCACUCCAACGUGCGCCUCCGGACUCGCCCCUGGAGCAGCACCCCCAGCACCGACUGGUGGGAGCGAGUGGUGAUGACGGAGUUCCAGCCCUCUGAUUGGCUGGAUCAGUUCCGCAUGAGUCGGGAGACCUUCUUCUUCCUGUGCGAGAAGCUCCGGCCUCGGCUGACUCGCCAGGACACCAGUUUCCGCCAGGCGCUCCCGGUGGAGAAGCGCGUGGCGGUAGCACUGUGGCGUUUGGCGACUAACGUGGAGUACCGGAUCAUCAGCAACAUGUUUGGAGUGGGGAAGUCCACGGUGUGCAGGUGUGUGCGGGACAUGUGCCACACCAUCGUGGCCCUCCUCGGCGACCUCUACAUGAAGAAGCCCUCAGACACAGAGCUGCACGAAUCUGCUGGGCUCUUCUCGUCCCGCUGGGGCUUCCCUCACUGCGUUGCUGCCAUAGCAACCCUCCACACCGCCAUCCUCACGCCAUCCAACAACUCCUCCGACUACUCCAACCCGGCCGGCUGGCUCUCUGUGCUGUCUCAGGUGGCUGUGAGUGGCCGAGGACUCUUCUGGGAUGUGUGUGCCAGCUUCCCUGGAUCCACCGACCCAGCUGACAUCUUGCAGAACUCAUCUCUCUGGUCAACUGUCUCCGAGGGGGGUUUAUCUCCUGAGCCCCCGCCCAUCUUCAUGGGCAGACCGCUCAGGUACGUCCUGAUCGGAGAGCCUUGCUAUCCUCUCCAGAAGUGGCUCAUGAAGGCCUACACAGACGAACAAAGCCGGAAGCCAACACUGAACGAGUCACAGCAGCAGUUCAACCGUAGACUCAGCAGAGCUCUGGGAGUGACCACGGAAGCCGUGCUGAGGUUACGCGGCCGCUGGCAGUGUCUGAGUAAAAGAAACGACUGCGGCCUGGACGUGGUUCCCACCAUGAUCCUGGCCUGCUGCAUCCUGCACAACAUCUGCGAGUCACACGGGGAUGUGUUCAAGGCCGAGUGGCGGACACAGGUGUACGACGCCGAGAACGCUCAGCCGGUUCAUCACGCCACGAAGCACAGCACCAGUGCUGUGGACCGGGGUGAGGAAGACAAAGUCCGGCGCCUCUUCUGUGACUUUUUUGAUCUUCAGAAUGAGUGAAAUCACAGUAGAGUGCUGGUUGUAAAAUACUUUCAUCGUCCACUGCAAAGCAGAAUUAUGUCACAAGGCUGUUUCCUAUUUAUUUUCAUUACAUUAGAUCAACAACGGAUGCCCCAAAGUUUCUUCAAUAACUGCUCAUAUUGACUCCAUCAAAUUCAUUUUUAUUGAUUUCGAUCCGUCACUGUGUGUGAAACAGAAAAAAGUAGACAUUUUUUCAUGGGAAAUUGAGACAGUUUUAGUCAGAGUUCAGUCGAUUUUAAAAAGUUUGUCACGUGACGAGUGCGCCUCCCACUCCCUUUCAAUAAAUAUGUUUUUGUGAAUGAAGUGUCCAAAAUGGGGUAAGAAACGUGAACGUGUAUUUGCGCUUACGACCACUAGAUGUCAGUGUUGUUGCACAAUAAGAGGCGUUCUUAUGUUAAGGAAGAGUAAUAGCUGUUAGUCUUCUUUGUUUGCUGGGUCUUCUAUGUACUGUUAUGUGUUUUUUACCCUUUGCCGCCCUAAAUGUUGUGUUCCGAAGACUAGCUGCCAAAGACAGUAAAGAAGAAGUAAACAUUGCUGGCUGUUUAAAAUUGCACAUGGUGGUGGUUAUGACAGUUGUUCAGCUGAAGCUGCAAAUUUAGGCGCAAAUAAUGGGAGUUGCCCCAAGAUGUGCAGGGUGCGGACAUGGAGUAUAAAACAGACUCAAGAGAGAUCCUUUUUGGCCGCAAGAUUCAUACACAGGAGUUGAUGUCACCAAAAUGCAUAUGUUGAAAUACAUUAAUAUUAAAUAUUGACUGG